CGGCCUAUUUGGCAAGUUCGGCUUAUUUAGUACAAGAAAAAAUGUGAUCGGGAGAGGGGGAAAACUGGGAACCUUGUCAGUGAUAUUUAAUGCAUCAAGAAAAAACGAAGUUAUUAUAUUUUUUAUUACAUCUUGCACUUCCCAGAUGCCUCAGCCGAUUGUUGUCCGUAGCAGGAAGCGACCCUCGAUUGACGCUCGUUGUGGCUGACGGCCUUCUUGAAGGUCUGAGAGAGGUCAGCGCCUUGGUCAGCCUCUAUGGCAUGAAGUUCGUGGGUCACGAUGCUGGUGGCACCAACGUGACCUUGCGCAUCACCCGCCAUUAUAAGGUCGCCCUUGACGCCGGCUUCACCACCUUCCCCAGUGCCGACAAGAUCAUCAUCCUGGAGGAGGACCUUUACGUCGCCGUUGAUUUCUACAGUUACUUUACCCAGACGGCUCCGCUCAUGGACCAAGACUCUACCCUCUUCUGUGUCUGCUGGAACGACAUGAGUCGGGUAGACGGUGGCGGAGACCCGAGCGUGGUGAUGCGCUCAGACACUAUGGCAGGUCUUGGCUGGCUCCUCACCAGGAAAAUAUAUGAAGUUAUUAUGCCCAACUGGCCGGCGUAUGACAAGUUCGCGGACUGGGACAUGUGGCUAAGAUUACCAGAGAACAAGAAAGGUCGAGAGUGUAUCGUGCCGGAGGUGUCAAGGACCUUUCACUUCGGCUUGACCGGCGCUCAUCUCACUGCAUAUUUCCAGGCCAACUACUACGAUAACAUAGCCUUCAACACCCGUCCUCAUGUCACGCUCAAGGAUUUACACAGGUUGGGUCCUGACGCCUACGACGCUCUUCUGAAGGAGUUGUUGACGGUAGGAACACAUCUUGACGGCGCCGUCACUAAUCCCUGCAGCAGGAAUCUCCUUCCCCGCAAUUCGAGCACUCACCAUAUACUGUGGAUGAAGAUGAACGAACUUUACGAUGACUACACCUUUAAGGGCGUAAUGGGGUGUCUGCUGCUGUGGGAUCUGGACGUGCGGGCACACCACAAGCUCCUCUGGCGGCUUCGUUGGCAUGGUACCCCCCUCAUCCUCGUAGGCUGGCCAGCCUCACCGUUCUCGUUGCUGAAACCAAAGGAAGUGCGGGUGCUGCUCCGGUACGACCCAAGUCACAGUACCAUACAUCCCCCAGUGUACCAGUACUGGUCCACCAAUAUCAGUGCCACCAAAACCAGUUCAUGAUUCUUCCAGGUAUUACCUCACUUCUCGGUGUGCUCGUGUCUUUUCCCAGGUACCGCCCCCAAUCAUCUCCAUUGUACACUACCUCUCUUCAAUCGCCUUUAUUCAGAACCUGCCUCUAAUUCCUCUCCCUAUUACCUGUUUCCCUAUACCUGCCUCCAAGUACCCAUCCCCCAGUAUCGCCAAUAACAAGCCUCAACGAACACUACAAGAACCUUCCAGCAAUACAAAUAUAUUGUGGAAAAAAAAAGAAAAUUAUUUUCAUUUAAACGCCUUUAUGAGAAAAUUGAUCCUGGAGAUAAGAUUUACCAAUUAUCACAGCAUAUUAGUCGAGUAAAAUUGAUUAAGUUAUAUAAUUACUUUGUAAAUAUUUAGUUUAGGGGAUCCUCCGAGUUUCGUGAAAAAUAAAUGAAAAUGCCCAAGAAUUGUCAAAGCUUAUACACGGUGACAUAUUACCAGCCAUUCUGAAAAAAUACCGACUUUGCCUAUUGUAAAUAAUUUGUAAUUACUUACACAUGUUAAAAUUCAACUAUGCCUUGCUCAAAUACAAGGCAAUGUAUAUAAUU